AUGUUGCUGGAACACCUAAAAGGACAACAGAACUGGGGUUUUAUCGAGUGUUCAGUAAAGCUCUGCUUCACAUUCGGGAGAGGCCAGCAGCCUGGAGUGUCUGAAACCCUAGGGGAGGACGUUGUGACCUUCAAGCGGAGGUUUUCCAGGGGCUUUUCCCGCCAGGGAACUUCCUCCUCCUCCUCCCCCCAUUUCUCAGGCCCAGGUGUGGGUGGAGUGGCUGCCAAAGACUGCCUGAUUUGUAGCACCUGGUUCCUUUUGUCUGUGGAAUCCCCGCUGGGCCAUCUCCUAUACACUAUCCCCUUUCUGAAAGAAAUGGCUUCUCUAGAGGACGCCUUAAGUUUUCAAGUUAAUUCCAAAAACAGUUCCCAUAAUUCUAUGAACUCUGAAUUUACAGCCAAAGCUGAGAGUCAAAAUGAUAACAGUGAGAAACCAAACAAGACCCAGAGAAGAAAGGGUAGACGGCAAGGCCAAGGCUCUUCAAUGACCUAUGGGUUAGCUAUCCAGAAUACCUUGGUAAAAUCAAUACCAAAAGGAAAGGGAGAGGCUGCAGUUAGUACAAAACUGAGCACUAGAGAGCAUCCCAAUCCUGGAGAAAGACUGGCUAGUGCUGUCACCAUCUCUGUUCUUCAGAAAAAGAAAAUGUCAGCCCCAGAGGUCAGAUUAGAAAAGGAAAAGAUUGUGAUAAAUGUCAGCAACUCCUGUGACAGAAAAGUAUUUAUAUAUCCUCAGGAGAAACCCAGUGAGAAGCCACUUGGUGACACGAGAGCAGUCAUUUUUGAAAAAGGCUCACCAGCCCUAAAAUUUCUAGACAAAGGUGACUCUCAUUCAGAAAUCCAAAAGCAUAAAGAAAGGGGUGUGGUGAUUAAGCAACCCCUUUCAGUAAGGGACUGCUCUAAUGUGGAUGAGAUUUCUGCAGUCAGAUUCUCUCAAGAGGAGCCAAACUCACUGAGUCUCUUAAGAAUUUCAAAGUCUUCAACCUUCACCACUGACCAUGUCAUGUACCAGCCUCCUAUGUACAGUGGUCCUUCACAUGACUAUGCCAGCUACCAGACCAGCAGUCCCAAGCCUUCUCAAUAUCCUUCCAUGGGCAGCAGCAGCAACAAUACAUCCCAGGCAGGGAAGGGCAGCUGGAGCUUAAGUAAUUAUUCCUCCAACUCUACAGUGCACUCUCAAAACUGGUCCAGAGACCUGAAGGCAGCAGAGGAAGGUCAUUCCCAGAAUUCUCGUUCAUUACAUUUCCCCAGAAGUUCAAAAGCCAUGGUGAGGGAGAAAAGAACAUUUCAAGAGGAGACACCAUUACAUCCUUGGGGAGGAUAUGCAUCUAGUUCUCUGCCAAGCAGCUACUGGGAGCAAAGCCUAAAGGAGGGCUUCAUUGACACCCAUUGUCACUUGGACAUGCUCUAUUCCAAGUUGUCGUUCAAUGGGACCUUUACCAAGUUCAGAAAAAUAUAUAGCCGUUCCUUCCCUAAGGAAUUUCAGGGCUGCAUCUCUAAUUUCUGUGAUCCUCGUACAAUGAGGGAUGGCCUAUGGGAGAAGCUGUUGAAUGAGGAUUUGGUUUGGGGAGCUUUUGGCUGUCACCCCCAUUUUGCAUGUUACUACAAUGAGAGUCAAGAAAGAAAUAUUUUGCAAGGCUUAAGGCACCCCAAAGCUGUAGCUUUUGGAGAAAUAGGCUUGGAUUACUCUUACAAGUGCAAGACACCUAUCCCACAGCAGCACAAGAUAUUUGAGAGACAGCUGCAGCUGGCUGUGUCUCUAAAGAAGCCCUUGGUGAUCCACUGCCGAGAAGCUGACAAAGAUCUGCUGGCCAUCAUGAAAAAAUUUGUGCCCUCUGACUAUAAGAUCCAUAGACAUUGCUUCACUAGUAGUUAUCCAGUAAUUGAGCCCCUUUUGGAGUACUUUCCCAACAUGUCUGUGGGCUUCACAGCAGUCCUGACUUACACUUCCGCCUGGCAGGCCCGGGAUGCUCUGAAAAGGAUCCCACUGGAGAGAAUUGUCGUGGAAACUGAUGCUCCCUACUUCCUUCCUCGUGGGGUUCCCAAAAGCCUUUGCCAGUAUUCUCACCCAGGCCUGGCCCUGAAUACAAUUCAAGAGAUUGCCAUAAUCAAAGAUCAACUACUCGACCAUACCUUAGCCACCUUGCGUGAGAACACGAGUCGCCUGUACAGUCUUUAA